AUGUCGGACGGAAAGAUGAUGGUGGUCGGCGAUAGAGACGCCCACAACUACGAAUUCAUCCAACAAGAAGGACAACACAACGCGGCGUCGAUCAAGUUCGACUUCUUGACCGAAACCACCGACAAGGAAGAGAACAACCUCUACCCCUUUGUCUACCUCAACAACGACGACAAUGUCUUCAUCUUUUCCAACAAUCGCGCCGUCCUCCUCAACCCUAACACCAAUCAAAUCGGCAACGUCGUUGUCGAGGUCCUCAUAUGUGGAGGCUCCGCCCACGUCAAUUCCUACACCAAGGGGAACGAGGGCGUCUACUACGUCGCGCUCCAGGACUACGGCCGAAUGCGAAUUACCGACCUGAAUCCGGUCUGGAAGCGAAAUCUGAUGCCUUCGCCGCGUCUAAUGGGAGAUAUGUUGCUUCUCCCCUUCGGUGAAGUCCUGCUAAUCAAUGGCGCUAAAAGGGGAUCUUCAGGACGGAAGGUCUUGGUCGCCGGCAGCAACACCAACAACAGGUUCGUCUAUGACGCAAUGUUUCCGACGAAAUUGAGGGCCGAGAGGUUCUCCCUGCCGUACUUGGACCCCGUGCUUGAGAAAUUCAAGCCCCAAAUCGACGUCGAGGCAACGCCGACGCAGUUGGCGUUCAACCGAAAGAUUGUAGUAUAG